GGGGCCCCGGGCCCGCUCCUCGGCGGCCCGGGCGGCCUGGCGGGCGCCGACCUCGCGUGGCUGAGCCUCUCGGGCCAGCAGGAGCUGCUGAGGCUGGUGCGGCCGCCCUACUCGUACUCGGCGCUCAUCGCCAUGGCCCUCCGGAGCGCGCCGCUGCGGAAGCUGACGCUCAGCCAGAUCUACCAGUACGUGGCUGGCAACUUUCCCUUCUACCAGCGCAGCACGGCGGGGUGGCAGAACUCCAUCCGCCACAACCUGUCGCUCAACGACUGCUUCAAGAAGGUGCCCCGCGACGAGGACGACCCAGGUAAAGGCAAUUACUGGACCUUGGACCCAAACUGCGAGAAGAUGUUCGACAAUGGGAACUUCCGAAGGAAGAGGAAGAGGAGAGGGGAGGCGAGUGCGGCCGCCCCCUCGGGAGCCCGGAGCCCGGGAGGAGCCAAGGCGCCUGAGCUGGAGCCCCUGGGCGCGGCCUCCCCAGACCUGCAGGCCUCGCCGUCCCCUCCCGCGCCCGAGGCUGCCGCCUGCUUCUCCGGUUUCGCCUCGGCCAUGGGCGCCCUGUCAGGCGGUCUUGGUACCUUCCCCCGGGGCCUGGCAGGCGACUUUUCUUUCGGGAGACCGACGGUGGUCACCGCCCACGGCUCCCAGACCCCCGGCCCCGCGCCCGGCUUUGCCGCUGGCCAUCAGACGGCGGCCACCGGCUUCCGCGUCGGUCACUUGGUCUACAGUCGGGAAGGGACCGAAGUUUGA